CUGUGCGGGUGCUGCACGGUAGAUCUACAGGCACGCGUCAGCUUAAGCUUUAAAGCGACAAAGCUUCACCCGCGGGCGCCGGCAAUUGCAGGAUAGUCCGGGCUUCUGCUAUGCACCUGCUGGAAGCGGCUGUGCAGCGCGUUGUGUUGCUUUGAUGAGACUGAUUAAGUAUGAUAUUCAUUAAUUGGGUGCGGGGAAGCUUUGGAAGCGAUGGGUGCGGACAGCGGACAGCCACAGAAGCCCUUGUUGUGAAGCUUGAAGUAGCGCUAUUGGAUGCUCAACCCCGGAAAAGACGGGAUGGAGUCUCAGUCAUCACCAGGUAUACAAUUGCCGGUCGAGCAGUCAAAAAGGCAGAGCUGCCCGCUUUUCACUGCUGCUCUGUAGUUGAGUUCAAUUGAGAAGCCAUCAUGCAUUUGUCGAGCUUCAUCGUUGCCCUGGGUGCUUGUGGUGCGUUGGCCGUACCUGUCCAACAACAGCCAUUACAGGGUAAUGUACGACACCACGCAGGCCCGCACAAGGUGGCAGAUCCGUACACGCCUGAUGCCCGCACUCCAUACGAUGACAAGAUUGAUGCACAAGGCGACAAGCUGCAUCCUCUGCCAUGGCGAAAUGGUGAUGGUGCGACUAUGUUGGGGCCCCGUAACAGGGAUCGCGAGAGGCAGAACCCAGAUCUUGUCCGGCCCCCUAGCACUGACCACGGCAACAUGGCCAACAUGCGCUGGUCGUUUGCCGACUCCCACAUUCGUAUUGAAGAGGGGGGAUGGACACGCCAGACCACCGUUCGUGAGCUUUCGACCAGCAAAGAGCUAGCCGGCGUCAACAUGCGUCUGGACGAAGGUGUGAUCCGCGAACUGCACUGGCACAAGGAAGCCGAGUGGGCGUACGUACUCGAAGGCAGCGUCCGCGUCACCGCCAUCGACACCGAAGGCGGCAGCUUCGUCGACGAUUUGAACAAGGGCGACCUGUGGUACUUUCCCUCGGGGCACCCUCACUCCCUGCAAGGCCUCUCCCCUAACGGCACUGAAUUUCUCAUCGUCUUCGACGACGGCAACUUCUCCGAGGACUCCACCUUCCUGCUCACCGACUGGGUAGCCCGCACGCCCAAGUCUGUGCUGGCAGAGAACUUCCGCGUCCACCCUGAGGUCUUCAACGCCAUCCCCCAGAAGGAGAAGUACAUCUUCCAGGGCUCCAACCCGGAUAGCAUCGAGAAGGAGAUCCCGAGCAGCAGUCCCGGCUACAAGAAGUCGAAGCUGCAGUUCACACACAAGAUGCUCGACCAGGAGCCCGUCAACACCACAGGCGGCCAGGUCCGCAUCACCGACUCGACCAACUUCCCCAUCUCCAAGACCGUCGCCGCAGCGCACCUCAGUAUCCAGCCCGGCGCGAUGCGCGAGAUGCACUGGCACCCCAACGCCGACGAAUGGUCCUUCUUCAUCAAGGGCCGCGCGCGGGUGACAAUCUUCGCCGCCGAAGGCACAGCCCGGACCUUCGACUACCAAGCGGGCGACGUGGGGAUCGUGCCGCGCAACAUGGGCCACUUCAUCGAGAACCUGUCCGACAACGAGGACAUCGAGGUGCUGGAGAUUUUCCGCGCAGACAAGUUCCAGGACUUCAGCUUGUUCCAGUGGAUGGGCGAGACGCCGCGCAGGCUGGUGAAAGAGCAUUUGUUUGCGCAUGACGAGAAGAGCGGGGAGAGGUUCUUGAAGAGUAUCGAGAAUGCGGAGAAGGAUCCUAUCAGGAGUGUGUUAGAUGGGGAGGACGAGGAGGAUAAGGAGGAGUUGUAGAGUGUGGUUGAGGGAGUGAGGGAGAAACACUGUCUCUGGUCGUCAUGGCGGGGUUCUUUGAGAGGACGUCGAGCCCAGAG